CCUGUAUAUAGAGAUUAAAAGAAUUGACAGACACCCAAGUAUUCCUAAUAUUUUUUUUUCUGCCAGAUUUGAGGUCUUCAGUUGUCCAGAAUUUGUUGGAUUGUAAUCUCCUUUAUCUUUCAUCAAUGGUCUGGUGAGACCUGGCCCAACAUUUCUUCACCCUUGAAUUAAUGCUAAGAAGCAACUUGACAAUGGCAUGGAGUUUCUGGCAGGGAUCUCCUUGGUAACUGGGCCAAAAGAUUCUAAGGGAGGUGGCUGGUGAGUUGAAGGCAGUUCCUAGCUCUCAACCCAAGGAAAUGGAAGAAGAAAAUAAGGACAACUAAGAGGCCACCAGGAAGAACAGGAUCAAAAUGGGGAACAUGAUGAAAUUACUAACUUCCAGUUCUGAGAAUACUAAAAAAGCCAAUGCAGAAAUUAGGAUCCCGGUGGAUGAGGAAAUGCUAUCAAUUCCCAUCAGUAACAGCAUUUAUGCAGUUCUUAAGAGGAGAGAAAAUUACUUGUGCAGCCUGCUUCAAAAGAAGUUUGGCUGUAUCUGUGUCCUUAAGAGCAUAAGGAAUCCCAUGGAAGUAUAUAGGAAAAGCCUGAAGGAAGGAGUGGAGGUUUCCGUUUGGGUAGAUGAUCUCACGAGACACGAGGCUGAUGCUUUGGUGAAUGCAGCCAAUGAAUACCUGCACCAUUUUGGAGGUCUGGCAUUUGCUCUCCUGAAAGCCGGUGGGCCAGAAAUUGAAGAGCAGUGCAAACUUUUUAUUGAAAAGAAUGGUCCACUCAGUGCUGGCCAGAUUGUGGUCACCAGCGGAGGAAGACUGCCGUGUAAGCAGGUUAUCCAUGCGGUAGGUCCAAGGUGGUCAGAAGAUCAGAAGGAGGAAUGUUGUCUCAAGUUGGAAGCUGCCAUAAUAAAUGUUCUGAAAUAUGUGAAUGCUCCAGAAAACAAUAUCAAGUCUGUGGCCAUUCCUGCGCUGAGUUCAGGGAUCUUCAAUUUUCCUCAGGAUUGGUGCGCUCAAGUGAUUGUACAGACAAUCAGGAACUUCGUUCAACUUGCUCCGUUAUUUGGCUACUUGCAAGAAAUCCACCUUGUAAACAUUGAUGAGACCACAGCUGAUGUCAUGAAAAGGGCCUGUGAAGAUCUUCUGGGGGUUAAUGAUAUUGUGCCUCAGUCAGGUAUUACUGAUUCUAUCACAGUCAAUGAACUCUGCCUGCAGAUCAAAAAAGGGGAUAUAGAAAAACAGCAAGCUGCUAUAAUUAUUAAUUCUGUGACUCUGCAAGAUGAUCUUUUUCAAGGCAUGGUUUCAAGAGCAGUUUUGGAAAAGGCAGGUCCAGCUAUGCAGGAACAAUUUCUCUCUGAGUUACAAAAACUUCCAUCAGAGAGGCCCAAUUUCAUAUACACCAAAGGAUUCAAUCUCGAUUGUGAACAUAUGGUCCAUGCGGCUUGGCCAUCUUACAUUGAAGGCAGCAGGCAAGAGGUAUUAAAAACAGCCAUUGCUAAAGGGCUUUCUAAGACUCGGGAACAGCAGUUGCCAUCCAUUGCUUUUCCUCCUCUUGGAAUUCAAGAUUUACAUUUAUCAAGUAAUGAGGUGGCGGAAAUUAUGGUGGAAGAAAUCAUGCACUUCGCAGAGGAACAAACUGGAAAGAAGCUGGAUGUCUACAUUGUGAUAUCUCUGGACAACAUCGAUGCUUAUGAAGCUUUCUGUGCCAAGCUGAUGUCAGUGAAGAACAAAUUAGAAGAAAAGAUGGAUUGCAGCAAUAUUGACACAAUGGAGCUACAGACUGAUGUCCAAACCAGUCCAGGUUUUGAAAGAAAUGGGCCUUUUGUGGAACUGAUAGGACGCAGCCAUGAUAUUUUGGAGAAAGCAGGACAGUGGCUCAGAGAUAUCAUAUUGGUUGAGGAAACUGGACGGAUUGUUAUAAGAAACCACAACAUUUUAAACUUGAGCAGUGUCCAGCCUCUUGAACUGUCUCAUCUCCAGCAGCAUUUUGGCAUUACCAUCCUGGAGAGUGUAAGUGGAGCAGAGACAGCCCUAGAGAUCGAAGGGUCUCCCCGAGCUGUGAUUGAUGCAGCCUUUGCAAUUGAAUUCAUGCUGCAGUCAACAGCCAAGCAAGAACCUCUUAAGAUGGAUGGAUCUUUGGAGAGCCAUCUUCAUCAGGAAGGGGAUCUAGAGAUGGCAAACAGAUGCUUUUAUCAAAUCACCCCAAUAGAGUCUUACCUUCAAGAAUUUAAGGACAAAGAAAAACAACUUGAAAAAGCCGGCCUCCAGGUUCUAAAGAUAGAGAAAAUACAUAACCCUCUUUUAGAAUCUGCUUUCCAAAGGGUAAAAAGGAAAAUAGAAGGAAGAAAUACUGGAAUGCCUGUAUGUCAUAGAUUGUACCAUCAUGUCCCUGCUCAGUAUUGUAGCCUGGUGUGCAAAACUGGAUUUCAGAAAACUUACUCAUCUUCACAAGAUCAGAAAUAUGGAGCUGGCAUAUAUUUUAAAAAGAACCCCCGGAAACUUAUAGCAGAUACCAGAGAAAAAUGUGAAAUGGACCAUUUGAUCUGUAUGUUUGAAGCAGAAGUUGUAACAGGGUCAUACACAAGGGGCAAUCGGCGUUAUGUAGCGCCACCAUUAAUUAAUGCAAGCAGUAUGAAACUCUACGAUAGUGUGGUUGAUGAUAUUCAUAACCCUGAAAUCUUUGUCAUUUUUAAUAAGGAACAAGCUCUACCACUGUACUUAUUGACAUGUUCUCUGCUUUGGAGCCCUGAUCAGAAGUGAAGUUUGGAACCAUCAUCCUAGAAUCUCUGAAGCCUUAAUGUUAAUUGAAACACAGACAGUAGUUCUGUCUUAAAUUAGGUAAUAAACAUAUGGCAGUUGUGUAAUGCAAUGAAAAAAGAAAUCCCUGCAACAUUAUAUUCUUGAAGUCUCCUUAUUCUUUAAUGUUAUUUCAACAAAAGUUAGUUAAAAUCAAGCCUACAUUUUAUUUAAAACAAAACUGCUGCAGCCACAAAUCCUGAUAUUAAAGUAUUAAUUUUAAGCCAUCUGAACACCUGUGGGAUGGCAUAGGGGGUUUAUAUUUACUUACUUG